AGACAAAGUGGCGAGCUGCGACGUGACUGGUCGGUCGUGUAGGUGCAGCAGCCAAGGAGCCCGGCGGCGGGCAGGGGACACGAGCGGGACCCCCCCGGCUCCGAGGAACUGCGGCCCGCGCCGCCGCGUCACGCAUACUCCGGGCGCCGCGAGACACACAUAACGAUACUAGAUUUGCGCUGCAUCUUGGAAUUCAUCUACACUUAAAAUGCCACCUGCGAUUGGAGGGCCAGUGGGAUACACCCCCCCAGAUGGAGGCUGGGGGUGGGCAGUGUUAGUCGGAGCCUUCAUUUCUAUUGGCUUCUCCUAUGCAUUUCCCAAAUCCAUCACUGUCUUCUUUAAAGAGAUAGAAGUUAUAUUCAGUGCAACGACCAGUGAAGUAUCAUGGAUAUCAUCUAUAAUGUUGGCUGUCAUGUAUGCUGGAGGUCCUAUCAGCAGUAUCUUGGUGAAUAAAUACGGCAGCCGUCCAGUAAUGAUCGCUGGUGGUUGUCUGUCUGGUUGCGGCUUGAUCGCAGCUUCUUUCUGUAACACAGUACAGGAACUUUACUUGUGCAUUGGUGUUAUUGGAGGUCUUGGGCUUGCUUUCAACUUGAACCCAGCUCUGACUAUGAUUGGCAAGUAUUUCUACAAGAAGCGACCACUGGCCAACGGACUGGCCAUGGCAGGCAGCCCUGUGUUCCUCUCUACCCUGGCUCCACUUAAUCAGGCUUUCUUUGAUAUUUUUGACUGGAGAGGAAGCUUCCUAAUUCUUGGGGGCCUCCUCCUAAAUUGUUGUGUAGCUGGAUCCCUGAUGAGACCAAUAGGGCCUGAGCAAGUCAAGCUAGAAAAACUCAAGUCCAAAGAAUCUCUACAGGAAGCUGGAAAAUCUGAUGCAAAUACAGAUCUCAUUGGAGGAAGUCCCAAAGGAGAAAAGCUGUCCGUCUUCCAAACAAUUAACAAAUUCCUGGACUUGUCGCUGUUUACCCAUAGGGGCUUUUUACUGUACCUGUCUGGAAAUGUGGUCAUGUUUUUUGGACUCUUUACCCCUUUGGUCUUUCUUAGUAGUUAUGGUAAGAGUAAGGAUUUUUCCAGUGAGAAAUCAGCCUUCCUUCUUUCCAUUUUGGCUUUUGUUGAUAUGGUAGCCAGACCGUCCAUGGGACUUGCAGCCAACACCAAGUGGAUCAGACCUCGGAUCCAGUACUUUUUUGCUGCUUCUGUUGUUGCAAAUGGAGUGUGCCAUUUGCUUGCCCCUUUGUCUACAACCUACGUUGGGUUCUGUGUCUACGCCGGAGUCUUUGGAUUUGCCUUUGGUUGGCUCAGCUCUGUAUUAUUUGAAACAUUGAUGGACCUCAUUGGACCCCAGAGGUUCUCCAGUGCUGUGGGCUUGGUGACCAUUGUGGAAUGCUGCCCUGUCCUCCUAGGGCCACCACUUUUAGGCCGCCUCAAUGACAUGUAUGGAGACUACAAAUACACGUACUGGGCUUGUGGCGUGAUCCUCAUCAUCGCGGGUAUCUAUCUCUUCAUUGGCAUGGGCAUCAACUAUCGACUUCUUGCCAAAGAACAGAAAGCGGAGGAGAAGCAGAAAAGGGAAGGAAAAGAGGACGAGGCCAGCACCGAUGUCGACGAGAAGCCAAAGGAGACGAUGAAAGCUGCACAGUCGCCGCAGCAGCACAGCUCCGGGGACCCCACAGAGGAGGAGAGCCCUGUCUGACCUGUGAAGCCUGGAGAGAGCAGCGUGUGACCCACGACAUCCAAAACCAUCCUGCUGGCCUCUAGUCUACCAGUGGUGCUCAGUGCAGACAGUGGACAUUUGUGUGGAAAACCUACCGGGUGUUCAUUGGUGGGAUUUUUUUUUUCACUCCUUACCAAUGCCUGAAUUUAAAAUAUACUAUGCUUUAGGUAGGGAGUGGUUGGCAAAGGAUAUGGGAAAGAAGUAGUGAUUUUCUUUUUGUUUGUUUGUUUUGUUUUAAUCUUAGCUUUUAACAGUGUCAUGAAGAUUAUAAUAUGUGCCUUAAGUUUUAGUUUUUAGAACUCUUUAGAGAGCCUUAACUUUUAAAACCAUUCUGCUGAAUUCAUUUGUUUUAAAUGUCAUUUUAAAAGGAAAAAUAACAACUAGCUUGCUUGAGGUAACUAACCUUAAUCUUGUUUUGUUGUUGUUUGUAAUGCUUUGUCAGACAUUGUUACUGGAACAUUUAUGAAUAGAGGUAUUGGUUAAAAGUCGCAGGUUUAUAAAAUACUGACUAAAGUAUUUUUCUAGCAUUAUAGUUGCCUGGCAUAUCCACCUGCUAGGUAUAUAUUUAAGAAAUUUGAAACAUAAAAUUUUGGGAACAUCUUGGCAGUUCCAGCCACAGCCUGUCACCUGCUGGGCACUUCUCAAAUGCUUACUACAGCCUCGUGCUGAAGUGUUAUCACUAAACUGUCACCUUUGCUCCUAUUCAGAGACACUGAAAUCAACUGCAAAAGGUUAGUAUUAACAUCUACAAAACAACUCUUUAACACGUCUGAUUUAAUGUAUGCAGUAUUUCAAGCAGCAGCUGAAUUCAGUGUAGGUUUCCCCAAACCUUAGUUACGGUAUGAGAAUCUUAGGUAUGUGUGGGUUUGAGGGGCUCUGAGGUGUUGGUUCUUAGGUUUGAACCCAGGGCCACAAGCAUGCUAAGUGCAUGCUGUACCACUGAGCCACAACCCACAGGCACCCUGGAAUCCUUCUCCUUGACCCCUGAAACCUUUUCUCUUGGUUUUUGAUAGUUCCAUUUAUACCACUACUAGUUUAGAGCUGUAUGUGGGAUGAUUCAGUACCGACUGAAUGGAUGUGCUUUUGUUUUUUUUACAUUGUUUUUCAGUAUUUGCAAAACCACGAGGGUUAGAGUUUGGCCUCAGGGAAGCCAAUAAAGAUAAAAUGGGAGGAAGUUUGCUGAGAACUUGUAUCAUGCUUUACGAUUAUUUGACAUAGUCUUACCUCCACACCUUAACUUUCAUGACCCUUUCACUCACCUGAAAUGUAGAAAAAUGGGUUCAGUGUAAGGAUAAGAGGAAAGAUGGACCAGAUUGGAACUACAGUGUUUUGGGUUUUUUUUUUUUUUAACCUGAUGUCUUCUGAAUAGAGGCAGAAAAAAAUAAGACAUAUGACACUGAAUUGUACUCAAUGUGUUUAAAAUACCAUUGUAAUUGACAGGGUGAAUAUAGAUUUAAAACCUUGUGUAAGAAGCUGACUUUUUCCAAAUAAAACAUUUAUUUUAUUUUUAGAAAACAGUUCUUCCGCAUGUUUAUUUGUGAGACAUGUUAUUUUUGUCUUCAUUCUUACUAAUUUUUAUUUUAUUUUAACCUUUCUAAUAUUGAAUCGUCCAUUUAUAUACCUUGACUCGUACAUAUGGUUCAUUUUAUGUUGAUUUUCCUCCUUUAGUUAAGACAAGCAGGGAAGGAUUUUAAGACCGCAUCUUGAGCUGAGAUCCCCUGAUGCUGUUAGCCUUAAGACACUGUGGGAACCACCUUGCAAUAUAAAGUGUUGUGGUGAGAAUGUGGUGAGAAUUUAGAGAGGAAACCUUGAAAGUUUACACAGACAUCAACUGGUUUGGACUCUUAUCUUCUGUGAAGCCAUGUCAUACUUCUGUGAACCUUUCUCUUCUAUAAAAAUGAAAGUCUCUGUUGAUGGUGGAAUUUUGAGCUCUGUGUGUGUGCGAGCGCGCGAAGCUGCAUUUGCUGGGCAGGUGUGUCUGCGCUCAGGGUUGAGCCCAGGAUUUAUGAUACAGGGUCACCAACACUCUUCAGAAAGGAUUCUUAGUUUAUAAUCAAAAGCCAAAACUGCAAUAAAACUGGAACUUGCUAUUAAACUUUUUGUUAGCUGCUUAGUCUUGAGGUUUUUCCCAUUAAAGGAACAUUGGGUCCAGCAAUUGCUCUGUCACUGGGCUAAAGCCACAGUCCAUAGGAUUUACAUAAGGUCAGUGUUAGUGAAGCCUGUGUGGCACUUAGCAGAGGCCUUCUCUGUCCCUUCCUCAUUCUCUAUCGUGGCUAUCAGCUGUGCUGUAAAGCGGGCCUGGGAGCAGUGGGCACUCUGAGCCUUGUCCGUCACUCCUUUGAAUGCUGAUUUUGUCUCAAGUCCUUUCAGUUCACAUAGCCGUGGCUGCUGGGUAAUAGAUGUGAGCUGGGCAUGAACUGUCACAUAUAGCAGAGUGGGAAAAUUACUGAAUGAGUUUCAAAUCAGUACACUUAAACUACACUGAUCAGGAACGUGUCCAGUCAAGUCUGAAAAUUAAGAACAUCUUCACCAUCUGAGAUGAACAGUAUGUACAAAAUUAUAUUUUGAUUUUUUUAGUUUAUAAUUAAAUCAUUUUUCCCCUUUUCUCUUUCAAACCCCUCCCAUGUUUUCCUUAUUCUCAUACAAAUUCAUGGCCUCUUUAUAAUUGUUAGAUGUGUAUAUGUGUUGCUAAAUCUAUAAAAAACAAUCUUCUUGGUCC